AUUUGGAAACAGCUGGUGAGCGAAAUAGGGGGUGUGAGAGUGGGAGCUGCCUAUUUCUCCAAUCGGGACUCCUUAGUAGUUCUGGGGUGAAUCGAAGAAGAAAAAGCUAGAAGCAGUUAAAAGCACAUAUAUCAUAACAAACAUAACACUUAUUAUAAGCAAACACAAACACUAGUGUAAUCUCGAUAGAUGCUAUUCUAUUGUAGCAGUCGGCAUAUGAAUAGACAUCAGAUGAAACCAACUGCGGAGUAUCUGUUUAUCUAGCUAGAUACUCAAGGGCUCAAAGCUCACACUCUCUCCCUACGCGCGUGGCCGCCCUUACCCGCUCAAUGGCCCGUCUGGGAUGGAUUGGCACCGGCGUAAUGGGCCGAUCUAUGUGCUCCCACUUGAUAAAGGCAGGAUAUGAACUCACCAUCUUCACCAGGACCCGGAGCAAAGCUCAAGAGCUCAUUUCCAUGGGGGCGCAAUGGGCUGACUCCCCGAGAUCUGUUGCUUCCAAAUCGGACGUCGUCUUCUCCAUCGUCGGCUACCCGUCAGACGUCCGACACGUCAUCCUCGAUCCCGAGUCCGGCGCACUCUCCGGCCUCAGCCAAGGCGGCAUCGUGGUCGACAUGACCACCUCUGAUCCCUCUCUCGCGGUCGAAAUCCACUCAGCUGCGACCUCCGCCGGCUGCUCCGCAAUAGACGCCCCCGUUUCCGGCGGCGACCGGGGAGCCCGCAACGCAGCACUUUCAAUCUUCGCCGGCGGGGACCAAACCCUGGUUCAGCGGCUCUCUCCUAUCCUUUCCCUCAUGGGCAGGGUUUACUACAUGGGCACCCCUGGAAAAGGCCAAUUCGCCAAGCUAGCAAAUCAAAUAACCAUAGCUUCGACCAUGGUUGGGCUAUGCGAAGGCCUUAUAUAUGCCCACAAAGCAGGUCUGGAUUUGGAUCUAUAUCUGAAUGCAAUCUCAAUGGGAGCCGCAGGAUCAAAAUCACUGGACUUGUAUGGGAGGAGGAUAGUGAGCAGAGAUAUGGAUCCGGGGUUUUAUGUGAAUCACUUUGUUAAAGAUUUGGGAAUCUGCUUAAAAGAGUGUCAGAACAUGUCUUUGGCACUGCCUGGGUUAGCUUUGGCACAGCAGCUUUAUCUAUCACUCAAGGCUCACGGAGAAGGCCAUUUAGGAACUCAAGCUCUUGUGUUAGCGUUGGAGAGGCUUAACAAUAUAUCCCUGCAAAGUUCUUCUUCUAGACAAGUUUGAACCGGUAAAACAAAUCGACUUUGAUCUUGAUUUGGCCGGCCUUAAUGUCUAUAUCUAGCUACAUGUGUUGUGAGUUAUGAAUGCUGUGUACUUUUCUUGUUUUCAUGGGCCGGGGCUUUGUUGUGAUGUUAUCCUAUUUAAUGCUUCAUCGAGCUUCCUACCUGAGCAAGAUUAUGAGGGUGUUUGGAUCUGAUUCUCAAAAAUGAUUCUGCUCCUUAAUGGAUCAGAAGCAGAAGUUGGGGGUACCAGCUUCCGAAAAUUGAUUCUGAAUCAAUUCCAAACACCCCUAUCGAUUGCUAUGAGGGGAUUUGACCAAACUUUCUCCUGUCUAAAACUGCCCGAGGGAUCAUCAAUCUCACAUUUCAAAUUUUCAGAAAUCAAAGUUAACUUCUCUGCUUGGCAAAACCUCUUGAUCUUUUUUUGGAUGGAGGGGUUUAGGGUGCUUAUUGCUUGGUCUAAUAAAAAGGGGAUGUCUGAUCUAUUUUUUUUAUUCCACAACAUUUCAAUCACCUUUCAUUCCAAACUUAUUAACAUACCCUCAAGGAUUCGAAUGUAGGGUUUGCAUGGAAAUUACAGCUGCAUCACAUUGCAG